CUGGUUUUUAAGCUAUAGAAGGAGAAGGGAGAGGUGGAGGAGGGUGCGGUCUUCGAUGGAUCGACGGGCUGGAUGGUGCGCUUUAAGCGUCAAAAGGGGUUUGUGUCGCGACGACACACAACCUCAAGGACCUUGCCUUCCGAUGCUGCAGACACGUGCAGAGCUUUCAUUGGCGAAAUCCACAACGUCAUUGACAAGCAUAGCAUUUCCCCAGUUAACGUUUUCAAUAUGGAUCAAGUCCCGCAAUACUUCGAGACAGAGUCUUCAUCUACAAUCGUGAAGCGAGGGACACGUGAGGUGCUGAUGCGCAAAGCAAGCAGCUCGCACAAACGCUUCACGGCCACUUUCACCAUCUCCAUGACUGGUGAAAUGUUGAAGCCUCACCUUCUUUUCAUGAAGUUGAAGAACAAGCCAACAGUGGAAGGGCCGGUGGUUGUUGAUGUUAACAUGACGGGGAUGUGGAGUACGGACACGAUCAUCUCAUUCAUCAACGACGCAAUAACAUCAACGAAAGAGACGGGGUUUAGCCGUCGGCCUGUUCUUCUGAUCAUCGAUAGUUAUGGACCUCAUUUGAAGGUGGCUGAGAGUGAAAGGUUGAAGAAGAUGAACAUCCAUACCAAGACGGGCAAUACGAAGACCCCAACAUACCAUAUGGUUGCAGAUUGGGUUUGCAAAUGGGCGAAAACUAAGACAAAGGAGGAUAUCGCACACGCAUUUGCAAUGUGUGGUUUGGUGCGCAAGGAGGAUUUUUACGUGGAGAAGUUGCACCCGCCGCUGAGAGCAUUGUACAAUGAUGUGGUCGAAAUAGAUGACUGGAAUGAUGCGUAUGCGGAAGAGUUUGCUGAGGCACCAAUCCCUGUGAAUGUAGAUUUGCUCACUGCCCCGGAGUACUUCAUUCUUAAGGAUGUGAUUGACGGUCAGCCAAAUAGUUACUGGCAAUGCCUUCGUCGGACUGUGUUGGGUAAAGCGCCGUUUAUUACUUCUGUAGAGUUUCGGUCCAACACUGUAAACCACAUGAAGACCAUGGAAGUCCUUGCUGACAUCACAGAUGAUGCAUACUUUAUUGAUUUUGAGUCUGGUGCGAACCGUGAUGAGGAGUACAUAGCUUAUGUCAUCACUGAGAUCCAUACUGUGACUAUUCGCAUCCAAAGCAGGGAGGACUCAAGUUACCGGACUUUUGAGCAGCCGAACGCUAUGACUAUAAUUGAUCUUUUGCGUGUCGAUGGUUUCUAUGUGUUGAAGUUGUAGGACAGUUUGGAGUUGGAGCUUCCAGUUAGGGAAUUCGAAAGUUACAACAGCCAGAGAGUUGCUUGGGUUUGUGGAAAAAGACCUGCAGGCUCUUCAGCCUGUAGCUAAGCUUGAUGAUGCUUCCAGUAAAAUGGUUUGUUCUGG